GCUACAGAGGCGGGCCAUGAGAGCAGCCCAUUUUGCCACUGCAGUGUACUCUCACAGAGGCUGGGGAAAAGAUCUUUGACAGGCUUCCACAUGUGUGAACGAAGAAGGACGAUCCAAAACUGAGUGCCGAUUACUCGUCCAUUCUGACCUGGCAUGUUUGGAAAGUGGGUUGAAGAAGAAGAAGAAGAAGAACGCAGGUCAGAGAAACUCACAACGUAGCGGAGGGGAGUUCCUGAAGACGAACACAAGAGAGCAAAACUGUCCGAGAAAAGCAAAGGAGGGGGAGAGUGGAGAGAGAGAGACGCACCGGAGGAAACUGGAGAAAUUCAGAAGAGCGAAGUCACGUAAAAGAGGAGAGAAGACAGAAGAAAAACGUGGCCAAGCAUGAGAGAGGAGGAGCAGUGUAAUGAUGACCACCCUGAGGGAGGGGUGCUUUCCAGCGAGGAGAACACUGCGAGACCGCUUUCCAACGCCUGCCCCGUCGUCGUUGCAACACCGGGGGUCACCGGGCGCAAACGGCAGAUGGGGUCGCACAUGGAGGACCACCUCACCACGGUCACUCCCACCACAUCGGCAGACGACGGCAAGGUCAAGCCGGGAGACGACAUCCAGAUCUACACGCCCGCCGGACCCAAAAAACUCAAGAGGAGCCCUCCGCAUCGACCACCUUCCUCCAGCCCGUCCCUUUCUCCCGUGCCGGGUCCGAGUCCCGGAGGUCUUUCGGCCCUCGAGGACCCGCACGCCCAGCGGGUCAUCGCCAACAUCCGGGAGCGACAGCGGACACAAUCUCUGAAUGAAGCGUUCGCCUCAUUGCGCAAGAUCAUCCCGACGCUUCCCUCUGACAAACUGAGCAAGAUCCAGACCCUGAAGUUGGCAUCGCGCUACAUUGACUUUUUGUACCAGGUCUUACAGAGCGACGAGAUGGACUCUAAGCUUGCUGGAUGUAACUACUUGGCUCACGAGAGACUGAGCUAUGCCUUCUCUGUUUGGAGGAUGGAGGGAGCCUGGUCCACCAUGUCUGCUGGUCACUAGCCUAUAAAAACACAUGAUGAAUGUCUCAUGACAAGCAAAAAUUCUGAACUGUGCCUGCUCAUCAGAUGACUAUUUAGCAUCCCAACUUAGAAGGUGUGCUUUCUGUAAUUGAAAAGACACUUGAUCAGACUUUAAUUGUUUUGUGCGAGCAUUUGGAUGGAACACAUUUUUUAAGCCACUGCUGCCUUAUGAAAGAUGAAGUUUUCAUUGUUUACAGGCCACAUAUCAGAUGUCAUGGUGCCAAUGGUGGGGUCUAAAGUGUGCACGCCAAGUAUGACGGCUGCCUUUUAAAAGACGUUUCUUGGACUUUUUAAUAUAUUAUAUAUUUGUUUACAAAGAUCCCGGUGGAGGACAGGACAGCUGGUCUUUUUUCAACAUUUGUUCACAGCUAAGGACUAAACUUUGCCUCCACAUGACAGCAAGACUCACUCUGCCGGAGCCCUCUGACCUCUCAGCUUCUGAAACUCGACACCUGGUUUCGUCCUCAUCGUCGCCCCUUGAUUUUGCCACCUUAGCCAAGAUCAGUCCCGCUCUCAUCAAUGCCAUCGUCGUCAUCAUAGGUAUGCAUACUCUGCUGAAUAAAGUGACUGAUCUUCCAGGUGCAUCUCUGCUCCUUGCUGCAAAUGGAAACCUUUAGGUACCUCACUUUUUGGAUAAAAGUGCCACAUAAGAAGUUUUUUUUUAAGAAGGCAUGUUGGUCAGGCUGCAGACUCAAACUCAACCAAACCAACAAAAGAGCCGCCAUUUAUCGAGAACAAGCUGUUAAUGCAGGUCAAGUUGGAACACUAGUUUGUUUCCAUACUAUUUUCCCUGGAUUUUAUUUGAAGGUAAUUUGUAUUAUACCUCUGUUAAAGCGAGAUUCAUUGUUGGAAAGAGAUUCGUGUGGUAGUCUCUUGUACAGUUUACAGCCAGCUUUUGCUUUUUUUUUUUUAUGAGCAAUUACUUGAACUAUAUGAUGCUUUAGAAGGAGGAGUGGCACUGAUGACUGAACACGACGGGCAGACAGAGUUACACGUCGUGAUGCCGCUUACAAUCUUCAAAAAUAAAAGUAUCUCCAAACGUUCUUGUUGUCUUCGCUAAAACUGGAUGAUGAACGGUGUAAAGAUUUAUAUUGCCUCCACGCCCUCUUUGUCUCCUCUCCCUCUUGUUAAACUGUCUCUCUCUGUUUUCCCUUCCUCCCUCCUUCCCCCGGUCGUUUUUUUUUUUUUUUUUUUAACGAGGUCUGUGUGCCUUUGCCUGGUCAGUCAGGAACAGUUAAUUCCUCCAAAAAGAACAUGUUAAUGUGCAAUUAAGGGCUCCGGGGAUAUUUAUAGCCUGUUUGGACCUAAAUUAUAAGUUAUAGCUUUAUCCUUGGCCAUGAGGUUUACUGCUCUGUACCCUGAUACUUCAGCAUGAGCUAAAUCAUUAAAGCUUUGACACAACAAGGUGGGAAUAAACUUUGAAAAAAGAAAAGAAAUGUGACAAAACUAAACUGCUCAUUAAUUGUACUUUUACUUUGGUAAACCACUGAUGAUGUUAAAGUGUUAAAUGGUAAACUGAGCUACUAAUUAAGAAAUUCUGAAAAUGACCACAACUAAAGAAUUAAAAUAACUCAAUGCAGAAAAAUGUCAUAUUUCGUGUUAUUGAUUCCUGGUGCCAUCAUGUGUAAGCAGUCGUAGGUGGUUACAGAGGUAAAAUAAAACUUUCAAAGAAACAGAAUCAUA